AUGUUUUAACUGAUGAACCUCUUUAUAGCAUGUCAAAUACUGUUUUACCUUUAGUUAAACAAAAAAAAACAGCUAAACAACCUAAUAUAACUAAUUGGUAUAACUUUACAAAAAUUGAACCAUCUAAGCAAUUAAUAAUUGAUGAAGCUAUAGUAUUAGCUUUUAUAAUGUGUGCUGGCUAUGAAGUUCCAUUACGUGAAGUUCUUUCUAAAUGUCUAUUAGAUACUAAAAUUGCAAAAAUUAUUAAUAAAGUUGAUAAAAUUUUGGAUCAUACUAAUAAUCUUACUAUUGGUAUUAAUGGGUAG